AUGACCGUGAGUGCGCAUGGGAUGGCUGACCUCUUCUCUCCCCAAUUCCAGCUUACGGAGAAGGCUCAGCGCUAUAUAAACUUGCUGGACACAGCAAGAUGCAAUCAGAAUUGGCACGAAAUACCCGGCUUGGUCCGAAAGAUCGUUAAGCACGCCCCUGGCCGGAAGUGCUUGAUCCAGACUGCUCAGGUCGAAGCCCAGAUAAUAGAAUACUGCAGGAAACGAACGUCACUAGGAAGUGCCGCCAAUGAACAGGGCGCCGAUGCCCUACGAGAGUGCAUACCGAGCCUCCAAUCUGUACAGGGAGACGAGAAGAAUACCCCUGAGGAUACCUUCCAGGCACAAAUAUGUUUGGCAUGGCUGUUCUGGGAGCUAUUAGACCUAGAGGAGGCGACGGCGAGCCUGCCCCGGGAUUUCGAGGGUACCGUACGGGCCUUGACUAGCAGUGAAAGGCCAUUGUCACCAUGGACACAAGCGUGCAUUGUCCAGGGAGGCUAUCUAAAAGGUGCUGCGGAGGAAUUGUCCUCAGGGAAAGAAAAUGCAUUGCGGACCUUUAAAUCAACUUUCUCGUGGGCCGCCACUCCUGCAUCUGCUGAUACCUCAAAUCCCCAACUUCUGUUCUGGUCGGAACAGUACCUAGCAAGGACCUCGAUGCUGGCCUACGAGUUGUUUAUAUCUAAAGCGCCCAAUUACGAUGAGGCUAAACUAGAAUUUGGGCUACGAUCGCUUCGUCUCUGGGCGUCCCAUCCUGAUAUUAAAGGCAAUGACCCUGCAGUGGCUGCCGAUAUCACGCCAACAAAUUCAAGUUCGAAAACUUCAUUAUGGCGGGCAUACUAUGAUCUCCUCUCUAUAAUCUUACAGAACGAUCUCCAAUACCCACCUAUGUCGGAAGCCCCAAAGCGAAUACAGCUCUCAACAGAGUUUCGAAGGAUAGAGGCAACUUGCGAAAACGUGCUCCUCAGGCACUCCAAGUUUCCAAAGGCUAAUGUUACCAACCAAGAAGUUGAGCUCUGGGUCAAGCAGGUCAUACGCAACUGGGAAGUUUUUUGCGGUGCCGAAUGGUGUGAUGAUGAUUUCGGAGAGGGAGGGCAAGGUGCCAUCUCGCGGAAUGUUUUGGAUAUAUUAUAUCGCGCCGCCACCAAGACGUUUCACUCUACAUUAAUCCUCAGGAAACUAUUUCACGUACAUGCUGCACUGGCUGAGUUUGACCUGGCUCUUCAUGCCCUGGAUACAUAUAUCCAUCUUGUAAAAGACGCAAAAGAAAGAUCGGAGCAUUCCAGCCACAUGAGGGAGGUCGAAGAUCCAGCACUUUUCAUCUAUACUCUGGCUGAAGGGUUGAUAAUGUUAUGCUGCUUUGGGUCUCGAAGGGACGCAGAGAAAGUCAAGGAGCUUACUGACUUGUUAGAUGAAGCGCUGAGUGAACGAAUACAAACAAAUGGCCAUAAUUCAAUUCAAGGCAGUGCUCAACCGGGCGAAACUAGCAUUCCUUCUCAGUGGAUGCCGUUUGCCUACCGGGCUAUUGGCAUUGGCCUGGCUACGUGGGCAAGAUGGACUCCUAUCAGCGAAUCCAGAGCCGAACUUCAGGCCAAUGCCAUUUGUGCCCUAGAGAAGGCCAUGGUAGCCGAAGCUGAACAGGAGCCGAGCCCUGCGACGGUAUUUGCUCUUGCUAUGCUACGUGCAGAAACGAGAGAUCUAGAUGGUGCCAUUGAGCUUGUUCGUACGGCACUAAGCUCAUCCAAUGUUGAAGACGACGCAGAGCAGGCGGACUCGCGCUCCGUUAUUAACUACGGGGAGAGAGAUAUCGUCCCACUGUGGCAUUUACUUGCGCUCUUACUCAGUUCAAAAGAGGACUUUAAAACCGCGGUCAAUGCCUGUGAUGUUGUAUUUGAAAUGGUCUCGACAGAAAAGCUACUCCAUAAGCAAAGUACUUUCAGGCCUCUUCGAACCUCAAGCGGAAAGGACGAGGCCUGCCUGAGCUUCGUUGGUGAUGGACAACAUUCCAGGUUUCCAGACAUAGAAACACGCGAGAGGGAGAGCAUGGUUGAGCUACGCAUGACACAACUCGCACUUAUGGAUGUCGUCCGUGGCCCCGAGGCUGCCCUGAAUUACAGCGAUGAACUUAUUAGUCUGUUUGGCCGGCUUUUUGCUGGUGUUGGGCUGGGUGAUAUCGAUGUUAAAGGCAACUCAGACCAUCUGACUCCUCCAAAAAGCGCAUCUGGGACCGUUAGAACUGGGCGUGGUAGCAUUUUUGGCUGGAAAAGGACCCAGCGGUCUCCGAUAGAUCAGGGGGCCCUGCUGCACGGCGAUUCUGGCACAGGACCUGGAGCUGCAUCAGGAAUCCCUGACAAAGAAUCAGCUGCUGCAGCACUUGCACCAGCUAUCCAAGUCACUAAUAAUGACGAACAAGCGUCUAGUCCAGCACAGCAUCGCGGUAGGUCUCGUCAAGGCUCACUUCUACGCAAAGAAAAUAAAUUCUCCCAGAAGAUCCAUCGCCUGGAAGGAAGCGUAGCCAACACAGCCCCUGAAAAAGACUUGACUUUAAAUGAACAAAGCGACACCGCGAGGCAAACCCUACCGCCUGUCUACCACAACAUGAAACACACGGAAGAACCAGCUCCAGCUGGCCACCUACACCAGCCACCAAUACAGGACGUUAGGUUACCUACAGCUCACCAAUCCAGCCCCCUGAAUAAGGCAUUGACCAGAUUCCCAAGAGUUCAGGAGCAAAAGCACUCCCUCGGUUUGCUUGUCAAGAUAUGGCUGUUCAUCUCUAACCUUUACCGGAGGGCCUUACUACUUGAAGAUGCUAUGGAAGCUUGCAACGAGGCAUCAACACAUGCCACUCGUAUUGAAGGAUUUGUUGCAGCCCAAGAGUCAUCCGCUCGGGCCUUUGCUGAUGAAGGAUGGGGUGGUACAAAGUCUCCAGAUGAGCUAUGGGGCGAUAUCUAUGCCGAACGCGGUUAUAUCGCCCAGGCGCAAUCGAAGCCAUAUGAAGCCAUCAAGCAUUUCGAGGAAGCACUCAUGCAUUACCCUGAUCAUCCACGAGCAACGGUCGGUUUAGCUACACUCCUACUUGAUAUUCACGAGCAGACACUGCCCGCAGAAGAAUCUUCGCCGCCCCCAUUACCUGAUAUCUCAAACAUUUCUCUCCACUCACCUUCGCGCCAACCGGAAACAAAUGCUACAAAUGGAAUAGGUGCCAAAGUUGAGUCUACAGCUACGCCACCCAAUGACACACCUGAGUCUCUUAAUCGUCUUGCUGCGAGAGACAGGGCUUAUGGGCUACUCUCUACUCUAACUAAACUCGGCACUGCGUGGGAUAACUCGGAAGCAUGGUUUGCCUUGUCUAGAGCGUAUGAGCAAGGGGGCCAGGUUGAAAAGGCAAAGGAAGUGUUAUGGUGGUGCAUCGACCUUGAGAACGGCCGGCCGGUUCGACAUUGGUGGAACAUUGGGUCUGGUGGCUAUGUUCUUUAA